AUAUAAACAGGUGAUUCCUUUCUUUGCAGUUUUCUGAUUAUACGGCGCUGUAACAACGGCGCGAUCAGACACCAUCCCUGGGCCUGACCCAAUUUAUCCUUCUGUUCUAUCCCGAUAUCAACAUAACCCGGCCGGACAGAGAUCCUGCAAUGGAGGCCCUGGAUGAACCGUACAAAUGGCGAGACGAUCAAGGCCUCUUCAGCCGUCUUAAGCGCCUUGGCCGGGGAAUGUAUAACGAUGUCCGUCGACGGCUUCCCUACUAUUGGAGCGACUUCAAAGAUGGAUUCGUUUAUCGUGUCUUUGCCGGAACGGUUCGGAUCUAUUUCGUCAAUCUGUUGCCAGCCUUGGCCUUUCAACUUGACAUGCAACACAAUACAGACGGCUUUUUUGGAAUCAACGAGGCUCUCCUCUCUUCGGCCCUUGCCGCGGCCGUCUUUAGCCUUCUUUCCUGCCAGCCAUUGACGGUCGUUGGAGUGACGGGGUUGAUCUCACUGUUCAACUAUACGAUCUACGAUAUCGUUAAAAUCUACGAUGUCACACUGUAUCCUCGCUUUCUUGUCUGGGUUGGUAUCUGGUCCGCCAUUUUCCACUGGUGCACCGCAAUAUUCAACCUCUGCGACUAUAUGCGCACGAUUACCGACUUUUCGUCUCAAACGUUUGGCCUAUACGUCGGCACGAUCUAUGUCAUCAAAGGCUGCGAAGAGCUCAGCAUUGGGUUUAACAACGGCAAUACCACGAAUGGCUUUGCUUCGGCAUUGGUGGCAAUUCUAUACUUCCUCACGGUCUAUUUGCUGGAGCAAAUCGGCCAAACAACCUAUACGCGCGGGUGGCUGCGCACCAUCCUUUCAGACUACGCCUAUCCAUUGGCGACGAUCUGGUGGACCGGCUUCACCCAUUUUCCAGGGAACCUCGCGCACGCAGAUUUCGAAUACCUUCCGGUCACUCGUGCUUUCUCUCCAACAAUCAAUAGACCGUGGGUGGUGGAUUUCUGGACAUUGUCCGCGAAAUGGGUCUUUGUUGCCGCCCCUUUUGGCUUCCUCAUGACGCUACUGUUCUACUAUGAUCACAAUGUCUCCUCAUUGACGGCACAAGCCCGCAACUUUCCGCUGAAAAAGCCGGCCGGGUUUCACUGGGACUUUUUCCUGUUAGGAUGCACCUGCUUUGUUGGUGGUAUCCUGAAUAUACCGCUCCCUAAUGGCCUUGUCCCACAAGCACCAGUUCACACUGACUCUCUCACAUUUUAUAAAGACGAACCUUACGUCAUCGAGACGAAAGAUGACACGGAGCCUACCAUCAUCCGCAAGGAAGCCGUGGCUGACCAUGUGGCGGAGCAGCGUAUAUCGCAUGUCCUGAUGGCCUUGGCACUUUUUGGAACCAUGACCGGACCUUUACUGAAGGUCCUCUCUCUCAUACCCCGGGCCAUCAUUAGUGGUGUCUUUUUCACCGUCGGGAUGGGUAGUAUCAUGACGAACCCAAUAUUCACACAUAAACUGGCCUUUCUCUUCCGGGAUCCGACCUUUCAGCGUCCUUCCGAUCCACUGAAUUCGGUCCUCCGUCGCCAGAUCUGGCAUUACCUAUUUUGGCAAUUCCUGGGGUUCGCAGCCUCGGUCGCCAUCAGCCAGACAAUUGGUGCCAUUGGAUUUCCUGUCUUGAUUGUGGCGUUGAUCCCGCUUCGCUGGAAAAUCUUGCCUCAUCUGUUCACGUGCCAUGAAUUGGAAGUGAUGGACUGCCUCACCGCCACUGGCGACAAUGUUUUAGCUUCUCUGGGAGGGAUGCCGGAGAUGCCAGAGGUACGGAUGAGUCGAUUGGAACGCGAGGGUCUCGGUGACGAUGUUGAGCCAGGAUAUGCAAGUCUCGGUGGUGGAAUGAUCCGAGACAGGGAGGAUGACUUGCGAAAAAGGGAACGAGAAAAGAACAGCCGCCAACUCCGGGGUCUCGGUUACGAUGGUGGGGCUAUCACAAGAAGGAGAUCCAGUGUGGUAUCGACUGAAAACCCCGAAAGCCGUUCUCGGCGCUCAAACGAUUUUGAAUUGCGCCAAGACCGCGGUCACGGGAGCCAGACGCGCACUCACGCCGUCCGGCGCAUCUCAUCGACCCGGUCGAGAAGUCGUUCCUACAAACAAGAGAGAACGUCGUCAAGCGGAGUUCCAGAUAGCGGUACUACACUUCAUAGAACUGCAUCUACUACUGGCGAGAGUGUGAUGGCGGACAGAGGUGAACGAGCCGUAGCGCUGAGGGAGCUGCAUGAGUUGCGGCGCCUUCAUUCUGCUUCAGAAGAUGCUGUUGCCGAAGAUAGUGAUUCUACAUGAUUGCGAACAGAAAGCAUAUCACUGUAGUUGGAUUUGCCCGCUGUGGGAAGAAGAGAUCCGAGCAAAAAAAGGCUUAUUCUAGGGGAAAAAUGGCCUCUCUAAUGAGAUAAAGGAUGUUAGUACAUCACUACACUAGAACGAAGUGAUAAAGAUGAUCGGCAUCACUACUGAGUUAGUGGGCUAGGAACACGUGUCUUCUUUCAGGUUAGCGGUUUUCUGCGCACACCUAUUACGGUGACCACAAAAACUGUUAUGCCAGUCAUUGCCCGACUCAUAGCUGUGGGUAAGGUAAAUAUCUGCCGAGAAUCCCACUCGCUGGCAUCUCGUUCUCCAAUCAGCCGCCAAGGGCCUGGUGAUGACACACAUUUGGCCGGAAAAAUUCAAUUGACGGUCGGGUAAGCUUGGUAAGUAAGUGGCCAUCGACAUCACCUUUGCAA